AUGAAUGGUCUAAAUCUAGAGCAUUUAUAUAACUGUACUGCAUCGAUUUUAGAACGCAAUGCUACGUUACUAUUAAAGUUAAAUCUUAGUGAGAUACGUUAUUUUAUCGAGGAGACGUUAAACAAGUCAACAAGACGUGAAAUUCUACGACAAGCGCUCUAUGACUGCAUCCUUGUUAAUCAGGAACGGCCAUUUGAUUUGCCAUGGUGGCAAAAGCUCUUCUGGUCUCUAAUAUUCGCAGUGAUACUACUCGUCUCGACUGGUGGAAAUAUUAUCGUUAUGUGGAUCGUACUCGCUCAUCGGCGAAUGCGAACAAUAACUAAUUAUUUCUUGGUAAAUCUUUCUAUUGCGGAUCUUAUGAUGUCAUUGCUCAACUGCGCAUUCAACUUUAUCUUCCUCCUUAACUCUAAUUGGCCCUUCGGAAUGGUGUAUUGCACCAUCAACAACUUCGUAGCACACGUGACCGUUGCUUCCAGUGUUUUUACUCUCGUCGUAAUUUCAUUUGACAGAUAUAUGGCCAUUAUGUAUCCUCUUAAACACCAUAUGUCUCGCAAGAGGACAGUGAUUACUUUGAUUUUAAUCUGGGGCAUAUCAUCUGCAUUAGCAACCCCGUGUCUUUUAUAUUCCACAACAUCAUUGCGCAGAUAUUCCAAUGGAACAACUAGAAUCUCUUGUUACUUAUUGUGGCCUGACGGUGGCUAUUUACAUAGCAAAACGGAAUAUUGCUACAAUCUUCUGUUCCUUACUGUAACGUAUCUGGUUCCAAUGUCAGUGAUGGCUGUCUGUUAUACGUGUAUGGGACGAAAGUUAUGGGGCUCGAAAUCGAUUGGUGAACUUACGCAUUACCAGCAAGAAUCAAUGAAAUCUAAACGCAAGGUUGUAAAGAUGUUCAUUAUCGUGGUGACAAUAUUUGCAUUGUGCUGGUUACCAUAUCAGGGAUUUUUUAUUUUCGUGUAUCAUCAUCGUCAUUUUGCAGAAAGUAGUUAUGUACAACAUGUGUAUUUAAGUUUCUACUGGCUCGCUAUGUCUAAUUCUAUGGUAAAUCCGAUUAUAUAUUACUGGAUGAAUAACAGAUUUCGAGUUUACUUUGAAUUAGUAAUCUGCAAGUGCUGUUGCAUGAUAGAUCAGAGAAACGUGCAAACCCAUGGAACACAAGAAAUGGCGGGAUGUCAGCGUUCAGAACUGAUACCAUGCAAUUCAAGUCGUUUUAAAUCUACUUCGGUCAGAUGGCGACAAAAAAGCGUAGCAGAAAGCCAGAUACAGACUUUUAAAGUGAAUACUCAAACAAUGUGCGACGGACUGCACACUAAAGAUGUUGCUAUAAUCUGA